AGGAAACCCUCAAAAAGUGACAAAUUUUUUUUCAGAAAAAAGGAAACGCGGAGACACCGGCGGCUCGCCCCGGUUUCCCCAUUCCGGUGGGCGCCGGCCGGAAUCCCAGCCCAGCGCAGACCCGGGAGGGAGACCUCCCCUCCGUCGCGUCCACUAUAAGCAACGCACCGACGCCCCCACAACGAGCCAUGACCCCACCGUCGCCCCCAUCAUGCCGCCGCUCCUCCUGCUCCUCCUCGCCGCCCUCGCGCUCGCGCUCGCCCCGGCCCUCCCCCACGCCGCCGCCGGAGAGGGCGGCGGGUUCUACGACCCGGCGCGCGUCACCCAGAUCUCCUGGCGCCCCAGGGCGUUUCUCUACAGCGGCUUCCUCUCGCACGCUGAGUGCGACCACCUCAUCAAGCUGGCCAAGGGGAGGCUGGAGAAGUCGAUGGUGGCGGACAACGAGUCCGGGAAGAGUGUCAUGAGCCAGGUGCGCACAAGCUCCGGCACCUUCUUGUCCAAGCGCGAGGAUGAAAUUAUCUCUGGAAUUGAAAAGCGUGUAGCUGCUUGGACGUUUCUGCCUGAAGAAAAUGCCGAGUCAAUGCAGGUUCUGCAUUAUGAAGUUGGUCAGAAGUAUGAUGCCCACUUCGAUUAUUUUAGUGACAAAAAGAACGUGAAGCGUGGUGGUCAUCGAGUUGCCACUGUUCUUAUGUACCUGACAGAUGUGAAGAAGGGUGGAGAGACCGUGUUCCCAAUUGCUGAGGGAAGAGAUUUACAACAUAAGGAUGAAACGUGGUCGGAGUGCACGAGACAUGGCCUGGCAGUGAAGCCAAGAAAAGGCGAUGCACUACUGUUCUUCAGUCUCCACGUUAACGCGACAACAGAUCCGAGCAGUCUUCACGAGAGCUGCCCAGUAGUCGAGGGCGAGAAGUGGUCUGCCACAAAAUGGAUUCAUGUCCGGUCAUUCGACAACCCUCCAGAUGUUAUGACGGACGCACGGUGUUCUGAUGACAAUGAGCAAUGCCCUAGAUGGGCUGCUAUUGGGGAGUGUUACAAGAAUGCAAAAUACAUGGUGGGCACGAAAGACACCCUUGGGUCUUGCCGCAAAAGUUGCGGGGUCUGCGAUGCUUGACCCCCCCCCCCCCCCCCCCCCCCCCCCACACACACACACACCAAUCUUAACUGAAUUUGCAUGGUUACUGAGAUGUAGAUUACAAAACCAAAUAGGUUCUUAGUAGCAUGGCAUUAGAUGUUUACUCUUCUUGUCAUGCAGUUUGACCUCUGAGCAUCUUUGAUAUAAAGCAAAAAAGGGAAUUGACUUUGUUUCGGAAGAAUCUGGAUAUAACCUGAUGGUAUCAAGUAUUUCCAACAAUGUCUUGCACAAAUUUCGUUCAAUUCUGACUGAUGUCUUCAAAGACG